AUGGAGAACAAAAAUACUGCCUCUCAUGAAACGAUAACUGCAGAAUCUCAUAAAUGCAAAAAUAAUUCACUUCUCCCCAUCGCCGAGAAGGGACUUUUCUUCCAUGAUUCCUUCUUCGAGGAUAUUCGGAAGCACUUUGAGACAGCCAUCGACCAAAUCCUGGAUACGUGGGGUGAAUCCAAAUCCGUGAGUGAUCUCAUGAGUAGCUUCACACGUAUAAGAGAGCGUAAUUUGCAGCAGGAGAACCAAGCCAUGGCCUUCAGCGAAAACGACCAGAAUCACAAGGUUGUACUAGAUGUUCAUGACUUCAAGAAUGGAGACGUUAAGGUCAGAGUGGAAGACAAUCAGGUGGUGGUGGAAGGGUGGAUGGAAAAGGAAGAGGGCGACUUCAAGUCCAUUAAAAGCUUCUGUCGACGUUUGAACUUCCCAGGCAAAGUGAACAUGGAGGCCGUGACUUCCGCAAUGUCUUCUGAUGGUAUCUUGACUAUUACGGCUCCAAAGUUAAUAGAGGAAUCGUAA